AUGCUGGCCGUGGGGUAUAACUAUGAGGAGCCGGACAGCGGAGGCAACUACUUCAUUCUGAAGAACAGCUGGGGGCCGGACUGGGGCGAGGGCGGGUACAUGAGGAUACUCAUGGAGAGCGGGCCGUUUGGCACGUGUGGCAUGCUGGUCAACCGCGGGCUGUACCCUGUUGUGAGAGGGGCCUUAGAGGGCUCUAGUACCCCGAUGCGCGUGUUUGCCGUGGUGGAAAUCCGCCAUGCUGUUGGGCACGUGCGGUUUGGCACGUGCGGUUUGGCACGUGCGGUUUGGCACGUGCGGUUUGGCACGUGCUGUUUGGCACGUGCUGUUUGGCACGUGCUGUUUGGCACGUGCUGCAUGCGAGCUGACAAGCGAGGCAGCGGCAGUCACAUCUGGCCCCCUCUCUCCCCCCCACUGUCCGACUCUUCCCUCCAUUCCAGAGUCCCCUCUCUCCUGUCUCCUUUCACCCUGCCCCGUUCUCCUUCCCCCCUCUCACGUUCUCCUUUCCCGCUCCCCCGUUUUGCUUUCCCCCUCCGCCGUUCUCCUUUCCCCCUCUCCCUAUCCCACACCGCCUCGCCAGCCCUCCAGAGCACGGACCCCUACAGCACAGCGCCCUGUGAGGGAGGCACAUGCGCGGUGGACAAGAGAGACAGCAGCGAGUACACGUGUGUGGGGGACAAGAAGAACCCCUGCAGCACGGCGCCAUGUGGGGGGGGCACGUGUGAGGCGGACGAGAGUGGCAACGGCAAGUACACGUGUCAGUGCUCGGACCUGCUGGUGCCAGCUGUCAACCGCGACGGCACUCCCACCUGCACCAUCAUCGACGUUUGCAGCAUUCUCCCCACCAACCCGUGUGCCGUGGGGCAGUGCAUCAACAUCGGCGACGGCGGCUACUCGUGCCUCUGCCCGCCCAACUACAAGCCCAGCACUCUCGCCUCUGGCCAGACCACCUGCGUGCCUGAGAUGUCUGGGAGCAUGGCAGCAGCGGUGCAGGGCACGUACACAGUGCAGGGCGGGGAGACGUGUGGCGCCAUCUACGGCUUCAUCGGCCUCACCCAGGAGCAGUUCCUUCUGCAGAACGAGGGAGUGGACUGUGACAAUCUCAAGGCGGGGGCGGUGCUCAACAUCUCCAUCCCCUCCUCGGCUCAAGUGUGCCGCGUUCACUACACUGUCACCCAGGCGGAUGCCGCAGCAAGGAGCUGUGAUCCCAUCAACACCCGCUUUGGCAUCGACGUCACGACCAUCAACCCCAGCCUUGACUGCUCAAGCCUCACACCCAACCAGCAGAUCUGCAUCCAGGUGGGGGACGCAGUGGCAGGAGCAGCGGACUACAACCUCUGCACGGACUAUGUGACAGCCAAUCAGCCAAUCUGCAUUCAAGUAGGAGACGCGGUGGCAGGAGCAGCGGAUUACAACCUGUGCACGGACUAUGUGACAGCCAAUCAGUGGCAGACCUGUGCCAAUGCUGUUGAGUGGUACGGCAUGACGUGGUUCGACCUCUACCGCCUCAACCCCGGCAUCAACUGCGACUCUCUCAGCGCACUCACAGGCUCUGAGCGCACUCACAGGCUCCGAGGUACUCACAGGAUGGCCCCAGGGGGGUGUGGCUCUGGGGGAGUGGCGCUAGGGGGGUGUGGCUCUGGGGGAGUGGCGCUAGGGGGGUGUGGCUCUGGGGGAGUGGCGCUAGGGGGGUGUGGCUCUGGGGGAGUGGCGCUAGGGGGGUGUGGCUCUGGGGGAGUGGCGCUAGGGGGGUGUGGCUCUGGGGGAGUGGCGCUAGGGGGGUGUGGCUCUGGGGGAGUGGCGCUAGGGGGGUGUGGCUCUGGGGGAGUGGCGCUAGGGGGGUGUGGCUCUGGGGGAGUGGCGCUAGGGGGGUGUGGCUCUGGGGGAGUGGCGCUAGGGGGGUGUGGCUCUGGGGGAGUGGCGCUAGGGGGGUGUGGCUCUGGGGGAGUGGCGCUAGGGGGGUGUGGCUCUGGGGGAGUGGCGCUAAAGGGGUGUGGCUCUGGGGGAGUGGCGCUAGGGGGGUGUGGCUCUGGGGGAGUGGCGCUAAAGGGGUGUGGCUCUGGGGGAGUGGCGCUAGGGGGGUGUGGCUCUGGGGGAGUGGCGCUAAAGGGGUGUGGCUCUGGGGGAGUGGCGCUAGGGGGGUGUGGCUCUGGGGGAGUGGCGCUAGGGGGGUGGGGGUGUGGCUCUGGGGGAGUGGCGCUAAAGGGGUGUGGCUCUGGGGGAGUGGCGCUAGGGGGGUGUGGCUCUGGGGGAGUGGCGCUAAAGGGGUGUGGCUCUGGGGGAGUGGCGCUAGGGGGGUGUGGCUCUGGGGGAUUGGCGCUAAAGGGGUGUGGCUCUGGGGGAGUGGCGCUAGGGAGCACGCUAGGGAGCAUGCUAGGCUGUUCCAUUAUGCGCUCACAGCUGUUCCAUUAUGCGCUCACAGCUGUUCCAUUAUGCGCUCACAGCUCAGCUAUUCAGGCGCUCUGCGGGGUGACUUUGAAUGGGCUCACAGGCUCCGAGAUCUGCAUCAAAGGCACGCCGUUGGGAGCGGUGGCAUGCGGUAAGGCGCGGUCGAAGACGGUCGCAAACCGGCGGUACACGGUGGGGGCGGGGGACAGCUGUGCGUCGCUGGUGGUGGUGCAGUUCCAGCGCCAGCCGCCGCUUGUGGGCCAGCUCAACCGCGGCUGGAUGUGCCGCUCCCAGAGCCUCUUCGCCGGCAUGCCCCUCUGCAUCCCUUCCUAG